AUGUCUGCAGUAGAUCCGGUUCGAGAAGACGCUGAGCGUUGGCCCCAUGGGGAUACAUUCUCGCGAGGUCUCGUAUUGCUGGUGGUGGAGCUAGUACUCAUAGUACUACUUCUCAUUAUUGUAAGCCUGAGGGUUUACUCAAGGUCCUAUCUGAGUAGGUUCUUUGGGUUAGAGGAUUGGUUUAUCGCUCUAGCAACUGUCUUCUAUAUCGGCUUCACGAUCACCACUUGCCUCGCAACUUUCGACUACGGUUGGGCUCUCAUAGCACUCUGGGCGUUCGGGUUUUCGGCGGGUAUCAUUGCACAGUGUAAUCCGGUCAAGGCAGCAUGGGGUGUAUACCCUCAACCUGGAGCAAGAUGUACAAGCAUUGAAGUAGGAGUCGUUGCACAUGCAGUGGUGGAUAUAUUGACGAACUUGAUUCUGUGGACAUUGCCUGUAAAACUUAUGCUUGGGUCGGGGUUAAGAGGGAAACAGAGGGUAUUGAUAUUGGGGUUGUUUGUUCUGAGUGGGAUUGUAUGUGCUGCAGCAAUUACACGAGUUCCCUAUACCAUCUAUAUAACAAGCGACGCUACUUGGUAUCUCAGAGAUUCCUCCACCUGGAGCGCCCUCGAAGCCUCCCUUGCCAUUAUCUGCGCCUCCCUGCCUUCGUUGUCACCCCUGCUCGCAAAAAUCGUGCCAAACCUCUAUCACAAUGAAUACGAUGAUCAAUCCCACCUUUCACACUCCCGCUGCAGCAUCGCUAAAGGCUCUUCUUUCGGCGGCGGCGGGGAGCUCACACUUGUAGGGAGCGCAUUCCCAUUAGCACAUAUUUCGACUACCGCCAUCUCAGAUAAAUGCUAUUCAGUCGGAGGCGGAAGCGGAGGCGGAAGCGGAUGCAAUUGGUUUCAUUGGCCAAUGCGUGGUGGUGGUGGAAGAGCAGGCGGCAUUUCUAAUGAACGCAAAGGGCCGAAUGAGAGCGAAGAGAAUAUUGUUAUUGGAAGCAAUGAUACCCUCGCAGGAGGCAUGGGUAUUACCAAGACAACUGUCAUUGAGCAGAGUAUUGAUGACGGUAUGGGGAUUGAAAGAAGAUCACCUUCUCCAAAACUGUAUUGCGUUGGGUUUGAUCAUUCUACAUACAUGUAUGUAAUCUGCAUGGCGUUAAGGGUUGAUUGGGAUUAA